AUGGCGUUAUCUAUGGCCGAUGCAAGUGAUACUGAUAGCUCGAGCGCGGAAAGCAUUGAGCUCUCCUGCUAUUUUUCCUCAUUCGAAAGUAGCGAAGACACGGAAUAUAUGAUUUUGAGUUCAACUAUCCCAAGAAAUGAAAUAGAACCAUACAUGUGUGAGCCGUUUUGUGACGACAGUUCUGAGGGCGACAACUCGGAAUGUUCCGAUGAAGAUCAUGUAACAGACAGACUCGAAAACACAGACUGGUGUAGAUGUGGUAAUUGUCGGGUAAUGGGAACGGACAAAGAAUGUGUUUGCUGUCGAGACGUCGUGGAGGUGACUAAUAAAAUGGAAGGGAUGGCAUGCAUAUGUAUAACUGAAUACCCAAGAUUUAACAGUGUGUGCCUGGAUGUGUGGGUUUUACAGACGGCGAAUUUCUAUUUCCGACAGCAUUACGGUGAUAGAACUGAGGAUGAACCAAAUGAACAGUAUAAAUAUACCGCAUACAGGCAGUUCGUGAGAUGGUGUUUGGGAUACCUGGGCAAAGACAUAAGAGUUGUGAUUCCGUCAUGUGCAGUCGCAAAAAUACGUGAUGAAUUUCAGUCGGCAGAAUACCGUGGCUUCAAACUACCACUAUUAGACUAA